UUGAAUCUUGCUCAGAAAAUGUGCAUAUAAUUUCUGCUGUAGCACAAGCAAAAAGGGAUUUUAGUAGGAUAGAAUUUGUAGUUCUAAAUGUUCUUGAUGGUUCCAAGCGUACAAAUUUCGACUGUUGUAUUUACGGAGAUGAGAAAUUAUCAGUUUAUCGCGUUAAGGCUAUUGUGAAAGAAACUUACAAUGAAAACAGAAAAUUUACCGAUCUGACCGCAAGACAGUAUCAAUGUUUUGUACACAACAUAACAUUCCCCAUGAAGCAUAUACAAUUGGUAGGAAAAAAAGAAAUUUGUAAUUCUUCUCAUAUUCGUCAGCCGGUGUUAUAUGCAUCAGUCAAGGAAAACAAAUUUGCAAUAUGUGCUAAAGUAGCUUAUAGCUAUCUGAAUCCUUUGCAUCUUAUUGAAUGGUUCGAAUAUCAAAAAAUGAUGGGUGUAGAUACAAUAUUAAUAUCGCUUCAAGAAGUAAAUGAAGAUGCAUAUGCGGUAUUAAAAUAUUAUGAGAGAGAAGGCAUUGCCAUACUUAUUUCCUUUCCAUGUAAAUUGCCUGGCAAUAUUGACCGCAGUUUCGCACCACAUAAAUGGCAUAACCAUCAAAGUACCCACGAUGAACAGGUCGCAGUGUAUUCAUGUAAAGAAAUUUUACAAGGAUUCGAUUUUGUGGCUGUUAUAGAUUUAGACGAGUACAUUGUCAAUAGAAAUUUCUCAAAAUUCACAGAUAUUCUAAAGUCAGAGUUGUUACCAGCUUUUCCAGAUGCUGCUGCUUUUACCCUGAGAGUUUCAUUCUUCAUAACAAAUUGGGGAGUUUCAGGAGUCGAACCUCUUCUAACAAGUAAAUACAUAAGAAGAUCAAAGCCACUUUUCAAUCGAUAUAAAAAUAUAUAUUUGCCUAACAGAAGUGCUACCAUGGAUACACAUCUAGUGUGGCCAAUGAAAGGAUAUCGAAGGAUUAUACUCCGAUCACACAAUGUUAUACUGUAUCACUACAGAAAAUGUAAGAACUCAGGCAAUACUACGGAUGUAUGUAUGACAUUUUCCAAACAUAAAGAUAUUAAAAUGAUGAAUAUAAUGUUUGAAUUAUAUGAUAAGGUAGUUACCGUUAAAAGAAGGUGUGGAAUAUAUCCUUGAUAAAUAACAUAUUUAUGAAUUGAACUGAAUUACAAGUAUUUGACGUCAAACAACAAUAAAGAUUUUAUGAACAUAUUGUUAAUGAAGACACGAACAGAAUUGGAAAUUAAAGUUUAUUCUGUAUUUGUUCAAAAACAGCAACUUAUUAUGGAACAUAUAUAAGGAAUAUGAGCAGGUUGUCGUCAAUUAUAUUGCAUGUCUGAAAACAUUGAUGGAAGUUAAAUAUACGACUUCGUGAAUCUU